UUCAAAACUGCAAGAAUUUGUUUAGAACUUUCUUUGCUAGGACAUUCUAGAAUUAUUGGUGUUUUCAAGCAUAAAUACCAACGCCUAACUUCACAGGAAUAAUAUUAAUUGUAACUGAAUUCUGAGUUUUGCAUAAUUACUGCUAUAAAGAAUCUGCUACCAGCGCUUUAAAUUCUUGUCUUGAAUUGCAUUAAAACCGUUCAAAAUAUUGAGUAAAAAAACUUCAUUGAAAUUGAGAAAACCGCUAGAGAUGGCAAAAACAGCACCCGCUAUUGGAAUUGACUUGGGAACCACCUACUCCUGUGUGGGGUUAUUUCAAAAUGGGAAAGUCGAGAUUAUUGCCAACGACAUGGGGCACCGAACCACUCCUUCCUAUGUUGCUUUCAACGACUCGGAACGACUGAUCGGCGAGGCUGCCAAGAAUCAGGCGGCGAUGAACCCGAGCAACACAGUAUUCGAUGCCAAACGACUCAUUGGUCGAAAGUUCUCCGAGGAAACUGUGCAAAGAGACAUCAAACUCUGGCCUUUCAAGGUGCCAAACAACAACGAAAAGCCACAAAUUGAAGUUGAGUACAAAGCCGAGAUGAAACGAUUCCACGCUGAGGAAAUCAGCUCGAUGGUGUUGAUGAAAAUGAAAGAAACGGCCGAGGCCUACUUGGGAUCAGCUGUAAAAGACGCAGUGAUUACAGUUCCCGCGUACUUCAACGAUGCACAGAGAGCCGCAACCAAGGAUGCCGGAGCAAUUGCUGGACUGAAUGUCUUGAGAAUCAUCAACGAACCAACAGCAGCUGCCCUGGCCUAUGGCCUGGACAAGAAGGCGACUGGUGAAAAAAAUGUCUUGAUUUUCGACUUGGGAGGAGGAACUUUUGACGUUUCAAUUCUCACAAUCGAAGACGGAAUAUUUGAAGUAAAAUCAACAGCCGGAGAUACUCAUUUGGGAGGCGAAGAUUUCGAUAACCGACUUGUGAAACAUCUCAUUGAGGAGUUCAAAAGGAAGCACAAGCAGGAUCCCUCGCAGAACAAAAGGUCUUUGAGGAGACUGAGAACAGCAGCUGAGAAUGCCAAGAGAACCCUGUCAUCCAGUGCCCAAGCCACCAUCGAGAUCGACUCCUUGCACCAAGGAGUCGAUUUCUACAGCAGCAUCACCCGAGCUCGAUUCGAAGACUUGUGCAUCGAUCUUUUCCGAAGCACCUUGGAACCAGUGACAAGAGCUCUUAAAGAUGCUCAGUUGAGCAAAAGUGACAUCCACGAAGUGGUGCUGGUCGGAGGUUCAACCAGGAUUCCCAAGAUCAGGAAACUUCUCGAAGAAUUCUUCAAUGGCAAACAGCUGAACUGCUCUAUCAAUCCAGAUGAAGCAGUUGCUUAUGGUGCUGCAGUUCAAGCUGCUGUUCUGACCAACGUCAAAGACGAUGCAAUCAAUGACGUUCUUCUGGUCGACGUUGUACCUCUGUCGCUUGGAAUCGAAACUGCCGGAGGAGUGAUGACGAAACUGGUCGAGAGAAACACGAAAGUUCCAACCCGGGCUCAGAACACUUUCACUACUUAUUCCGACAACCAGCCAGCAGUCACGAUUCAGGUUUUUGAGGGAGAAAGAGCAAUGACUAAGGAUAACAAUCUGCUGGGAUCUUUCAACUUGCAAGGAAUCCCGCCUGCACCUCGGGGAGUCCCGAAGAUCGAGGUGUCUUUCGACGUUGAUGCAAACUGCAUGCUGACAGUCACUGCUAAGGAUACGAGUACUGGAAAGAACGAGUCGAUUAAGAUCACAAACGACCAAAACCGACUGAGUCAGCAGGACAUCGAUCGAAUGGUUGCCGAUGUCGAAAAGUUCAAAGCCGAAGACGACGCUUGCCGAGCUCGAGUUUCAGCCAAGAACGCCCUCGAGAGCUACAUAUUCACUGUGAAAUCAUCAGUCGAGGACUCCGCAGUUGCUGAUAAACUGGACGCCAAAGACAAAUCGCUGGUUUGCGAUCUCAUCAAGGACACUGAGACUUGGCUGGAGCGAAAUCAGUCGGCAGAGAAGGACGAGUUUGAGUAUAAGAUGAAAGAAGUGCAGGACAAAGUGGCUCCCGUGAUGAGUAAAUUGUACAGCGGAGGACAGUCAAGUGGGGGAGCUGGUCCUUCUAUGGGAGGCAUGAAUGGAGCAUCUACAGAGCAAAGUGGACCAACUAUUGAAGAAGUUGACUAAAAGGUCGAAACAAAUGACACAAUGAACUGUGUGCUGACACUGUAAAACUUAUUUAGUUGAAAAUUUAUGUGAGGCAGAUAUUAAAACUUUUAGAUAUCGUUUAGUUUGAAUUUU